AAGCUUCCCCAGUCCGUAUAGCCGUCCUAUAAUCCCCAGGUCACUCCAAAACUCCCUUCCCGCACUCUUCCCGCCAUUUGUUAUCAUUUGCCCUCUCUCUCUAUCUCUCUCUCGCUCGCUUCUUACCCUUGUGGCUCUGAGUCUACAAUUCUGUGUGUGCCUAAAGCGGCGAAUAUGCUGUGGGUCGACAAGUACCGACCGAAGACCUUAGAAAAGAUCAUGGUUCACGAAGAAAUCGCUCAGAAUCUCAAGAAGCUUGUCACUGAGCAGGAUUGCCCUCAUCUUCUGUUCUAUGGCCCUCCUGGUUCUGGAAAGAAAACCCUAAUCAUGGCUCUACUAAGACAGAUGUUUGGCACCAGCGCUGAGAAGGUGAAGAUAGAGAAUAAAACAUGGAAGAUCGAUGCUGGAAGCAGAACUCUUGAUCUAGAGCUGACUACAUUAUCAAGCACCCACCAUGUCGAACUAAAUCCUAGUGAUGCAGGUUUUCAGGAUAGAUAUAUUGUUCAAGAGAUCAUCAAAGAAAUGGCAAAGAAUAGGCCAAUUGAUACAAAAGGGAAGAAGGGGUUCAAAGUGUUAGUGCUGAAUGAGGUUGACAAGCUCUCAAGAGAAGCUCAGCAUUCACUCCGAAGAACAAUGGAGAAAUAUAGUGCAUCAUGCCGGUUAAUUCUAUGCUGCAACAGUUCCUCGAAGGUCACUGAAGCAGUUAGGUCUCGUUGUUUAAAUUUGCGGAUAAAUGCUCCAAGAGAUGAGCAGAUUAUUGGGGUACUGGAAUUUAUUGGCAAGAAGGAAGGCCUACAACUUCCACCUGGAUUUGCUGCCCGUUUAGUGGCUCAAUCAAACCGGAGUUUAAGAAGGGCCAUACUGUCAUUUGAAACUUGUCGGGUUCAACAGUAUCCUUUCACAAGUAAUCAAAUAAUACCACCAAUGGAUUGGGAGCAAUAUAUUUCUGAAAUAGCAUCUGACAUAAUGCAAGAGCAGAGCCCGAAAAGGCUGUUCUUGGUUCGAGGGAAGCUAUAUGAACUAUUGGGUAACUGUAUUCCUCCAGUAAUUAUUUUGAAGGUAAAAUUCCAUAUUCUUCUCAUAAUAUUCCUUGUAGGUUUGAUAGCUUCAAUUAAAAAAUUGCUACUUUUCAAUUUUCAGAGGCUACUUUCUGAAUUAUUGAAGAAGUUAGAUGCUGAACUGAAACAUGAAGUCUGCCAUUGGGCUGCAUAUUAUGAACAUAGAAUGCGUCUUGGGCAGAAAGCAAUAUUUCACAUUGAAGCAUUUGUGGCCAAAUUUAUGAGCAUCUAUAAAGCAUUCCUUAUUGCAACAUUCGGGUGAAGACUAGUGGACCCAAAAAAUAUGCCGAGGACUUUCAAACUCAAUAUCUUAUGCCGCCAAUGCCAUUAUGUACUUUGUGCCACUGUCAAGUUCCCUUUGAUAUGUCUCAACUGUGACAUUUGUCUCCCCUGCAUUUUGUAGAACAGUGUCUCUAGAGUGUGGAAUCGAUCUUUUCUAUUGUUUUAUUUGUUGGUUCAUCCUCUUGAUAUAUCUGAACAGCUAAAGGUCCUUUCCCUGCCUUUUAUUUUAUUUUUUAUUUUUAAAUACUAGAGGAAUCUGUGUGGACUUCCACAUGUUAUGUUUCUCUUGAUGAAUAUAUUUACGCUGCCGUUUCCUAA